AUGGCGUUUAAUCCUCCUUCUUGGGCUCCUCAGCUACCUAAUAUCCCCGAUUCAAUUAGUGUAGCAGACUUUAUAAAUACCGAUAAAGCAGGCCGAAGAGCUUUUUCUGGUUCAAAAAGUCCCUAUACAUGCGGCGUCACCGGUCAAUCGCGUUCUGCUGUUGAAGUUGCCCAGCGAGUCGACUUUCUCGCGCGGGGUUUGGCUAAAAACGUUGGAUUUGAUGCUCAUGAUGGAACAGCUUGGGAAAGAGUUGUUGCCAUCUAUGCUCUCAACUCUAUUGACUACAUCCCCGUUACACACGCUAUUCACCGUGUAGAUGGUAUCGUCACACCAGCUAGUUCGGCGCAUUCAGCGUCUGAGUUGGAGCACCAGCUUCGAUCAUCUGGGGCGAAAGCGCUAUUUACAUGCGCUCCUCUCCUUAGUACUGCUCUAAAAGCAGCCAAGGCAGUUGGGAUUCCCGAUAAGCACAUCUUUCUGCUUCCCCUGCCUGAUACGCCCUCAGAUGGAUCCUACAAGUCAAUUGAAGGCCUCAUUUCUGAGGGUCAGAAUCUCCCAGCUUUGUCCAUCCCCGCAUGGGUACCAGGACAGGGCAAGAGACAGACAGCGUACCUCUGCUACUCAAGCGGCACGUCUGGUCUCCCCAAAGCGGUUAUGAUCUCUCACUACAACGUCAUUGCAUGCACCCUCAUGAUUCACACGUACGAGAGUGUAACGCGACAACAAGACGGCAUCGAUACACAAGUAGCCCUUGGGUUACUACCCUUCAGCCACAUAUAUGGACUAGUUGUCAUUGCGCACAUCGCACAGUAUCGAGGCGACGAGAUAAUCGUACUACAGCGCUUCCAGCUCGAUCAGCUUCUGGCCUACAUUGAGAAGUUCCGCAUCGAGCAACUCAGCGUCGUGCCGCCUAUCAUUGUUCAGCUUCUGAGCAGUCAGGACAAGUGUCGUAAAUACGAUCUCAGUUCCGUCAGACUCGUCUUCUCAGGCGCUGCGCCCUUGGGAGGUGAGACGAUUCAGAAGUUAUUGGAGCUAUAUCCCAAAUGGCGUAUCAGCCAAGGCUACGGAUUGACGGAAGCAUCACCCUCGGUCUUUCACACAAGCGAAGCAGAUGCCCUUCUAGGAUCAUCAGGCUCUCUCCUACCGGGUGCAAAGGUAAAGAUCAUCGAUCAACACGGCAACGAAGUCACAGAGCAUGAAACACCAGGCGAGCUAUACGUCCAAGCUCCAAACGUGGUGCUGGGUUAUUUGCAUAAUGAGAAAGCCAAUGCCGAGACAUUCGUCUGGCGAGAAGACGGGCGCUGGUUGAGGACAGGCGACGAAGUACUCGUGCGAAAGUCGCCACGUGGUUUCGAGCACUUCUUUGUGGUUGAUCGGAUUAAGGAGCUUAUUAAAGUCAAGGGUCAUCAAGUUGCGCCAGCUGAAUUGGAGGCUCAUCUCCUUGACCAUCCCUACGUCGCAGACAGCGCAGUAAUUGGCAUUGUCGACGAGCGCGCGGGAGAAGUUCCUUUGGCAUUUAUUGUUAAGAGUAGAGAAGCAAGCGGUAUCUCUGGCGAUGAAGUUGUGAAAGCUGUGCAUCAGCAUGUUGAGCAGCACAAGGCGAGGCACAAGUGGUUGAAGGGUGGUGUAAGAGUGUUGGACAUCAUUCCCAAGUCACCCAGUGGAAAGAUCUUGAGACGGGUUUUGAAGGCAAAGGUUGCUGCAGAGAAACCAGUCGCGAAGCUAUGA